AUGCGUGACCUCACCCAUUUGAGUAACUUGGGGAGUCUGUCGAAUCUCACUAUGUUUUAUAAUGCUUUAUUAUCAGUAACGGCAUUUAUGUUUUGUCUUAGCCUUUUCCUGGUGCACAGAGCCAGUGUUUUACAAAGUGAUUUUCGCAAACUCCAAGGGGACAUAAUUCUACAAUUAAAUCAGCAACGUUCUGAGGGAGUCAGUGGGAAAAUGGCCAGGAUGUCUAAAACAAGGGAGGACAUGAAGCCAAGUGUUUUCCAAAGAGCUCAGAGUUCUCUGAAGAUCUCUUCUAGGAGAGUAAAAAGGGAACAGAGCAGCUGCAGACCUCCAACAUCAUUCCUACAGUUAAGAGCUAAUACUAACAAACAACCAGACAGAAGAGGAAAUAUAACAGUGAUCCCCUGGACUGUUUCUGUGCAGCGAGGAAAUGCAAUUUCACAAAGGGAAAACAGGAUUGUUGUCCAAGAAGAUGGUUAUUACUUGGUGUUUGGACAAGUUUUGUUUGAAAGUCCAAGCACGGUUAUGGGUUAUGUCAUCCGAAGUUGGAGCUCCACUAAAGCAGGGAAGACAUCCGAGCUCUUGCGCUGCCUGCAGCAGAUGCCUGUUGAAGCUCUGCACAGCAAUACGUGCUACACAGCAGGCGCUGCGCAGCUACUUCAGGGUGAUGAGCUGGAACUUGUGAUUCCGUUUGGGCCAAAUACCCUGAUCUCUAUGGAGGACGACUCAACCUUUUUUGGUGUCAUACAGCUAAACUGA